GGGCCCAGCAGUGCCUGGCCCCCGGCUCAGCCCCCGGAGUGCGGAGCCGCCCAGAUACUUUCUGAGUGCCUACUAUGUGCCAGCCUGUGCUAGGCACUGAGGACACAGGUGGAAAAGCCCGAAUUGCUCUCUGCUCUCCUGGCGCUUAUCACCCCGGAGAGUUAUGUCAUGCCCAGGCCAGCAGGGGGCUCCAUGAGGAUUCAUAGAAGAUGCCCCGCGUCUCGGCGCCUUUGGUGCUGCUUCCUGCGUGGCUCGUGAUGGUCGCCUGCAGCCCGCACUCCUUGAGGAUCGCUGCUAUCUUGGACGACCCCAUGGAGUGCAGCAGAGGGGAGCGGCUCUCCAUCACCCUGGCCAAGAACCGCAUCAACCGCGCUCCUGAGAGGCUGGGCAAGGCCAAGGUCGAAGUGGACAUCUUUGAGCUUCUCAGAGACAGCGAGUACGAGACUGCAGAAACCAUGUGUCAGAUCCUCCCCAAGGGGGUGGUCGCUGUCCUCGGGCCGUCGUCCAGCCCAGCCUCCAGCUCCAUCAUCAGCAACAUCUGUGGAGAGAAGGAGGUCCCUCACUUCAAAGUGGCCCCAGAGGAGUUCGUCAAGUUCCAGUUCCAGAGAUUCACAACCCUGAACCUCCACCCCAGCAACACCGACAUCAGCGUGGCUGUAGCUGGGAUCCUGAACUUCUUCAACUGCACCACCGCCUGCCUCAUCUGUGCCAAAGCAGAAUGCCUUUUAAACCUAGAGAAGCUGCUCCGGCAAUUCCUCAUCUCCAAGGACACGCUGUCUGUCCGCAUGCUGGAUGACACCCGGGACCCCACCCCGCUCCUCAAGGAGAUCCGGGACGACAAGACGGCCACCAUCAUCAUCCACGCCAACGCCUCCAUGUCCCACACCAUCCUCCUGAAGGCAGCUGAACUUGGGAUGGUGUCAGCCUAUUACACAUACAUCUUCACUAAUCUGGAGUUCUCACUCCAGAGAAUGGACAGCCUUGUGGAUGAUCGUGUCAACAUCCUGGGAUUUUCCAUUUUCAACCAAUCCCAUGCUUUCUUCCAAGAGUUUGCCCAGAGCCUCAACCAGUCUUGGCAGGAGAACUGUGACCAUGUGCCCUUCACUGGGCCUGCGGGCAUGGACGGGAGCAUUUGGUCAUCUCCCGUUUUCCACAUGAAAGCCCCAACUGUAGAGACCAUCGGCCAGUGGCACGUGGCAGAGGGCCUCAGCAUGGACAGCCGCCUCUAUGCCUCCAACAUUUCGGACACUCUCUUCAACACCACCCUGGUCGUCACCACCAUCCUGGAAAACCCGUAUUUAAUGCUGAAGGGGAACCACCAGGAGAUGGAAGGCAAUGACCGCUACGAGGGCUUCUGUGUGGACAUGCUCAAGGAGCUGGCAGAGAUCCUCCGAUUCAACUACAAGAUCCGCCUGGUUGGGGAUGGCGUGUACGGCGUUCCCGAGGCCAACGGCACCUGGACGGGAAUGGUCGGGGAGCUGAUCGCUAGGAAAGCAGAUCUGGCAGUGGCAGGCCUCACCAUUACAGCUGAACGGGAGAAGGUGAUUGAUUUCUCUAAGCCAUUCAUGACUCUGGGAAUUAGCAUUCUUUACCGCGUUCAUAUGGGACGCAAACCCGGCUAUUUCUCCUUCCUGGACCCAUUUUCUCCGGGCGUCUGGCUCUUCAUGCUUCUAGCCUAUCUGGCUGUCAGCUGUGUCCUCUUCCUGGUGGCUCGGUUGACGCCCUACGAGUGGUACAGCCCACACCCAUGUGCCCAGGGCCGGUGCAACCUCCUGGUGAACCAGUACUCCCUGGGCAACAGCCUCUGGUUUCCGGUCGGGGGGUUCAUGCAGCAGGGCUCCACCAUCGCCCCUCGCGCCUUAUCCACCCGCUGUGUCAGUGGCGUCUGGUGGGCAUUCACGCUGAUCAUCAUCUCAUCCUACACGGCCAACCUGGCAGCCUUCCUGACCGUGCAGCGCAUGGAUGUGCCCAUUGAGUCAGUGGAUGACCUGGCUGACCAGACCGCCAUUGAGUAUGGCACAAUUCACGGAGGCUCCAGCAUGACCUUCUUCCAAAAUUCCCGCUACCAGACCUACCAACGCAUGUGGAAUUACAUGUAUUCCAAGCAGCCCAGCGUGUUCGUGAAGAGCACAGAGGAGGGAAUCGCCAGGGUGUUGAAUUCCAACUACGCCUUCCUCCUGGAAUCCACCAUGAACGAGUACUAUCGGCAGCGAAACUGCAACCUCACUCAGAUUGGGGGCCUGCUGGACACCAAGGGCUAUGGGAUUGGCAUGCCAGUCGGCUCGGUUUUCCGGGACGAGUUUGAUCUGGCCAUUCUCCAGCUGCAGGAGAACAACCGCCUGGAGAUCCUGAAGCGCAAAUGGUGGGAAGGAGGGAAGUGCCCCAAGGAGGAAGAUCACAGAGCUAAAGGCCUGGGAAUGGAGAAUAUUGGUGGAAUCUUUGUGGUUCUUAUUUGUGGCUUAAUCGUGGCCAUUUUCAUGGCUAUGUUGGAGUUUUUAUGGACUCUCAGACACUCAGAAACAACUGAGGUGUCCGUCUGCCAGGAGAUGGUGACCGAGCUGCGCAGUAUCAUCCUGUGUCAGGACAGUAUCCACCCCCGCCGGCGGCGCGCCGGAGUCCCGCCGCCCCGGCCCCCCGUACCCGAGGAGCGCCGGCCCCGGGGCACGGCGACGCUCAGCAACGGGAAGCUGUGCGGGGCAGGGGAGCCCGACCAGCUGGCGCAGAGACUGGCGCAGGAGGCCGCCCUGGUGGCCCGCGGCUGCACGCACAUCCGCGUCUGCCCCGAGUGCCGCCGCUUCCAGGGCCUGCGGGCGCGGCCGUCGCCCGCCCGCAGCGAGGAGAGCCUGGAGUGGGAGAAGACCACCAACAGCAGCGAGCCCGAGUAGUCCCGGCGGCCACAGGACGCGCGGAGGCCUGGCGGGCGGGGCAGGAGGGGCGGGGCGGGCGCUGCUGUCAGCCGCGAGCCGGGACUUGUACAGCGUCGACACCUCUCCGGAUUUCGGAGCCAGUCACUUUUCCAAAAGAUCAAGGAGCCUAACGCCCCAGCCAGAGACCGCGCCCGGUCAGGCAGCGGGGUCCAGCCGGAGACGUUGCACCCAAGUGGCAAAGGUCGGCCCUCCCUCCUGGGCACAAAGACACAUCUUCUCCCAGCGGGCCUUUCCCUCUCGCCAAAAUAACAACGUAUAGGGUGGGGGGUCCCUACCCAGACCAGUCCAAUGAAUUGGUGGAAUCAUCAGCUGAAUUCCCCCUAGUCAGAGGCCAAUGUACCCUCCGUCUAGUUCUUACAGAAAAAAAAAAUUAAACAGGGAAGUUUUUCUUUUCUGGAUUUGUAUAUUUUUGUUAAUGUUCUUUUCCCUUUCCUCCUUUUCUUCUUUGUCAUCUUCUCAGUUCUGUUAAUUUGUUUUGUGUUUUUUGGAGGGGGAGGCUGGGUUAGGGAAUGGAAGCCUAAAUAAUCCCCAUUUCUUCUUCUUCCUGAAUUUUGGGAUAUUGCGUUACCAGUGCAUCCGAUUUCAGGUGCUUAACUCUCCUUUCUGUAUGGUGAUUGGGGGCCUGCAGGAGCACAGGAGAAGGGGUCUCGGGAAGAGUCAGAUGGAGAGUCUCAAAAGCAUUGAAGUAAAGUUUUAGAUGCCAAAAAGCAAUUAACUCAUCGUAUACUCAGAGAGACCUUGAAACGCCUGGGAUGUCAAGGGUUAAUCUGUCUUUUCUUUCCCUUUCUCUUUCUGACUUUCACUAUUACUGUGUUUGAUUUGAUCUUUUUGUGAAUGUAGUCUCUGAAGACAGACAGGGGAGGAGAACAGAAUGCACAAAGUAUCCUAGGACUUCGUUUAAGGAGCGGAAAGAGUAGACAGAAUUUUCCCAUACCAUGGCCUUGGCUUCCCGUGGAACAUGCUGUUCACAGAGGACGAAGGACCGGGCCACCCCGUUGGUAUGGUGCAUACUUUGUCAACUGCAUCUCUUUUCAACCAAACUCAGUGAGUGGCUGCCUAUGAAGCCAGACCCCCAAGACUAUCAUGGAUUGGGUAGUUUCUUGCUACUUAGAUGUGAGACCUGGGUGCAAGUGUACAUGUGUGUAUGUGUGCGCGUGUGUGCGUGUGUGUAUUUAUUCAAUAGAAAGACCUUAAGUAAUCAAGAAUUUGCUAGGUUCCUGGGAGAGAGGUGGAGUCUCCUAGUCAAUACACAGUCCUGGGAACCAGGAACUCCUGAGUCCUAACCUCAGCUUGAGCAGUAGCCCCCCACCUUGUAUGACUUUAGGUAAAGCAUUUAACUUCUGUUCCAUCCACCAAAUAGGAGUUACUGAUGCUGUCCAGGUUACCAGGUGACUGCUAGUGACUGCUCUCCAUGUGAGAAGUUUGCAGAGUCCAGAGCACACAUGUGAUGGGAGGGGUGAGGCUUUCUGCAGCUGCUUGACCUUUGCUUGACUUCACCAAUUAGGAGUUUCACGCAGAGAGUUCUCAUUUGCUGAUGGAAAACAAAUUCUAUGCAAUUUCCGAUUGUAAACUUAGCAAAUUCAGAGAGAGAGAAACAAACAGCCACUACCAUCGCCUCCACCUCCAC